AUGGAAGGAUUGCCUGAAGACUUGACAAGUAAUGAUCUGGUUUGUUCUAUGUAUGCUCCAAUGUCGUCUGUAGAUGUUGAAAGAAGUUUUUCCAUGUUUCCAAAGAACUUGACACUGCAGAAAGAAUGGAUUCUGAAAUGUAAACGUGCUGACAGUUGGAACCCUUCUUCUUCAUUCAUAUGUUCUGCACAUUUUAAGAAUGACGAAUUUAUCCGUGAUCUACAAGCCGAACUAUUAGGAUAUGCUCCUAAAGGACGGAGAUUAAAACCUGAUGCCAUUCCCACCUUAAACCUGCCUGGGCUUUGUAUACAAGGAAAUCAAGUUUCCACAUCAGCUUCUAAUCGCAGUAAAAGAAUGGAAGCUAAAUCCUCCAAACAGGCUCAUGAUGAGAUUAUUACUAUGGCUCUUAAUACAGAAAUACAAUCAUCUUCAAAUAAGUCGACAUUAUUAUAUGAUUCAACUGAAGAACCACCUGAAAUCAUUGAUUAUAAAUGUUUGUAUAGAGAUUUAUUAAAAGACCAUGAUAAAUUAAAAACUGAUCUAAGUUUGCAACAAAAUGAAUUGAUUUCUAUUAAAAAUGCAAAUGAAUCUUUAAUCAAGAUUAACGAAUCACUCCGUAAACAAAUCAAACAAUUAUCUGUAAAUAAAGCCAGGAAUAUUGAAAUUCAAGCCAGAAAAUACCUUUCAUCUGUUUUUUCACAAAACCAACUUGAUCUUAUGAUGAAAAAAAAGAAAAAAGUACAUUGGUCAAGAGAUGAAAUCUCUAAAGCAUACACUCUUAGGUAUUUCAGCAAGCGUGCGUAUAUUUAUGUCAAAAAUGAAUUGAACUAUCCAUUGCCUGGAAUAUCAUCUCUGCAACGAUGGGCUAAGAGUAUAGAUUUGAGGAAUGGAGUUCUUAGAGACGUUCUCAAAAUUAUGAAGUUGAAUGGAGAAGGUAUGCAAGACGUGGAAGAGGUGGAUUGGAUGACCACCCUACACCUUUAA